UCUCCGAAGCUUCAGGCGUCGUCGAGGCUGAGGUUUACGGGUUUAGAUUCAGACAUCUUCUUCUUCUUUGUCCUGUCUAAUCAAAUUUAGUCUUCCACCUGUUCCGAUCUGUUCAGGGUACUAAGCUCAAAAGUCACAAGUGACUGAAACAAUGGGCUUGUUGAAGAAAAAGGAUUCAACUUCAACUCGCUCCUCUACUUCUCCCUGCGCAGAUUUGCGAACUGCUUACCACAACUGCUUCAAUAAAUGGUACUCAGAGAAGUUUGUUAAAGGGCAAUGGGAUAAAGAAGAGUGUGUUGCUGAGUGGAAUAAGUACAGAGAAUGUCUCUCGGAGAAUUUAGAUGGUAAAAUUCUCACUCGCAUGUUGGAGGUUGAUAGUGAGCUGAUUCAAACAAAGCAAGCUGAUUCAAAAGAAUCCAGUCGAUGAUGACGCUUGACCACUUAAUGUUUCUCAAUGACAUUGUCUCUUUGAAACAGCUCCAUUGAGCAACUCUUUUUUUUAUAGGAUAGCGCUAGCAUACAAGUACUAAUCAAAGUAGAAGGAGAAUGUUGUCUUUCUUUA